CUGUUGCUGUAGCAGUGUAUCCUUUUAUUUACCCCAUCUUCCUUCCCAUAUGUACCAUAAGCUUUUUUCAUUACUUCCCUUUGCUUCAUGCACAAUGGUAACCAAGGGAAACACAAUACCAAGCCUACUGUGCAGCUGUCUCUUCAUCCUUAUUUGCCUAGAUCAUCUCUGCUCUUCCCAAAAGACUUGCCCGGACUGUGGCUCCCUUAAAGUCCCAUAUCCACUAAGCACAAACCCCGGCCGUUGUGGUGAUCCGGACUACUCUCUCAAAUGUGACCCCUUCUCUAAGAAACUCUAUGUCCCUGCCCUUAAUGGAAGUUACUAUCUAGUGCUUCAAAUUAUGGCCUCGCACCAGCGUAUGGUGGUACAACCAUCCCCAUGGCUGCCAGGAAAUGAGUGUGUUACUCGAGACAUGGUGGUGAGUGAAGGCCUCUGGUUAAACCAGUCACUUCCUUUCAACAUCACUUCAUCAAACACCAUCUUUCUCUUCAACUGCUCUCCGCGGCUCUUGGUUUCUCCUCUGAAUUGCACUCCCUCUAGUCUUUGUCACCGCUACUUGGAAAGCUCGGGGCAUGUUGACACACAACGAGCACUCAAGUGUGAGAGCACCCUCAACCUUUGCUGCACAUUUGUUGCUGGUGGAACACCUUCAGCAUACAAGAUUCGGCUUCACAGUUCAGGUUGCAAAGCCUUUAGAAGCAUUCUUCAUUUGGACGUAAACAAGCCUGUUGAUCAAUGGCAAGAUGGAUUGGAAGUUCAAUGGGCUCCCCCACUUGAACCGGUUUGUAGUGCACAGCCUGAUUGUUCUAGCACUUCUAAAUGUUCACUUACUGCUACAAAUGGCCGCUCUCGCUGCUUCUGCAACAAGGGGUACUACUGGGAUCAAGUUCUAACAACUUGUGUGAAGAACAAGAGAAACACCAAAGCUAGCCUGAGUUUAAAGGUCUCAAUUGGGGUAAUCUCCUUUUUUGUUCUAGCUGUGGUUAUAUCCAUAAUUACAGUAAAAAGGGCCUGCAGAUUGUCUGAGCAGGAAAAGCUUAUAAAAGCGAGAGAAGGCAUGUUGAAGAGCAAUGAUAAGAAAUCAGCUAGAAUGUUUCACUUGAAAGAAGUUAAGAAAGCCACUAAUGGAUUCUCUAAAGACCGAAUUUUAGGGAGUGGUGGUUUUGGAGAAGUGUACAAAGGAGAGCUUGGAGAUGGGACUAUAGUGGCUGUGAAGUCAGCUAAAGUGGGAAACAUAAAGAGCACAGAACAAGUAUUAAAUGAAGUUGGGAUUCUAUCCCAAGUCAAUCACAAGAACCUGGUCAGACUCUUGGGUUACUGCAUGGAAGCCGAACUGCCACUGAUGCUCUAUGAGUACAUUUCAAAUGGGACACUUAGUGAGCAUUUACAUGGUAAGUUUUCCACAUUUCUUGAAUGGAAAAGUAGGCUGAGAAUUGCUUUACAAACUGCAGAAGCAUUGGGAUACUUACAUUCUGCUGCUCACACUCCCAUCUACCAUAGAGAUGUCAAGUCAACCAAUAUAUUACUUGAUGAUGAAUUCAAUGCAAAAGUAUCAGAUUUCGGGCUCUCCAGGUUGGCUCUUCCGGGGUUGAGUCAUGUCUCAACUUGUGCUCAGGGUACAUUGGGGUACUUAGACCCUGAGUAUUACAAAAACUACCAAUUGACUGAUAAAAGUGAUGUUUAUAGUUAUGGGGUUGUGAUGCUUGAGCUUUUGACAUCACAGAAAGCCAUUGAUUUCUCGCGUGGCGAAGAUGAUGUGAAUCUAGUCAUUUAUGUGAGUGUAAGAGCCAGCAAUGGUGCGAUUAUGGAAGUUGUGGAUCAGCGGCUGCUUAGAGAUAAAGAGCCUUCAGGGAAUGUUGUGGGAAGUGUAAAGCUUUUCUUAGAUCUUGCUCUUUCUUGUCUGAGGGAAAAGAAGGGAGAUAGACCAACCAUGAAGGAUGUUGUUCAAGAACUGCAGUGCAUAAUCCAAAAUUCAGAUCAAGAAGUGCUUCAUAAUUAAUCAAGUUGGUACUGUUAGAAUUAUAUCAGUGUACAAUACAUUACUCCUAAAAUAAUGGAAAUGUUCUCUUUCGAGACAAUUAAUCCGCAUUUUAUGUUGUCAUUAAUUAGAUAUUGGAGUCAUCUUUGAAUAUGAGAUACGCCAUGUUGAGUCAUUA